AUGCCUUGUUUUAUCGGCAUCAUCCAGUUCCUGCGGUGUCGGCACUGCCUGCUCUUCAAGCUCGGUUGUACUAACAACUGCGAAGAGCUCUGCCCUACCGAAAAGCAGGUUCCGCUCGUCGCUACGAACUACCUGUGGCUAUGCGAAGACUGCCAUGAAAGAAAGGCCAACGUUAAUCUCGACGACCGAUGCAACGAAUGGGCAGAUCUAAUGACGGACAUUCCCAAGGGUGAUGCGCAGUUUCGCAGCAUGAUGGAAAAUGCGAUCCGUAGUCGCGAAAAGGCCGAUGACGUAGCAUGCGAAAGGUCACGAGUUCAGUGCAAUGAAGAGAUCCAGUGGGUCGCUGAAUGGACACUCGAGUAUGGGCUUAUGCUCUACGAUGUUUUGUUCAAGCAGAUGUGGGACCCGCAACAGGCCGCUGAAAGGAUACAGCAGUUGAGAGACUUGCGUGUGUGGGAUCUCCUCGUCGUUAAAGAUGCCUUGCGGAGUCCAAAGGUCCUUUUCGAAGAGCAGUGGAAUGAAACGUACUGGUUCAUCAGUGACCAAUUCGCUGAGCAAUACUUGCUACGGAAGCAACAGCAAAAACCUCCUGCCCGGAAGAGGCCGCCGGUUCCUUUAUUUCCUUGGAAGGACAAUGAAGACGAGAGACAAUCCAGAGAGAGCUCCAUGAGUAGUCAAGGGCUGGAUGCCGAUGGAGAUGUGACACUCACAGACGUCCAAGACGAGCCGGUACACACAAAACAUGAUUCUGCAACACCAUCAUCUCCUAUAGAAGGAGACGGCCAUCCCGUGACAGACGACACAGCCAUGGACUAA